CACCGCGCGUUAAACUCGCCAGUUGCCCUCGCGCUCUCAUGCCCCCUUACACCACCGGAAAUAUCGGUAACCUUGUCUUACCUACUUCAGGAACGCGAUUACCCAAAGGGACGAGAGGUGUUUACAUCGCAGCACAUAAGUCCACGCGCCGCCCACGCGCUGCCAACAUCUACAAACACAGAGAGAAAUUCCCAUUUCUUUUCCAUUUUCUUGUUUUCAUCGGCAUGUCCAUUUCCUGAGAACGAUGGAGCAGCCGGCGCACAAAAGUCAAGAGGGCAACAAUGCCGAGGAAAAGAAACCCGUAUCACCGGGUAAUGAUCCGACCCCUGUCGAGAAACCCGCCCCGGAACCGAAGCCCGAGGGCAGCGCGUUAAAGCCAGGAGAUGGUGCUGAUGAUAACACCAAUGACACCACCGUCGAUAUUGAUUUAAAUGGGAGAAACGGUAGUCCGGGGGAGAAUGAUAUUGCGUCGCGGGCGGGCGGUUUGAAACCGAAAAAAUCGGUGCGGUGGAGCCAUGAUGUGGCGACGGGGUCGCCGGUGCCGAGGGGUUUUGAUCACGGAUCCAGCAAUCCAUACGUUAAUUACUCGCCCGCGCCUUCCGCCAAUUCCUCGUCCUUCAAUUUCAAAGAUACUAUGGUUAGUGUGAAGAAUGUGCUGGGGAGAUGGGGGAAGCAGGUAGGAGAAGCAACGAGAAUGGCUGAGGAUUUUGCGGAGAACACUUGGCAGCAUUUGAAAACAAGCCCUAGUCUAGCGGAGGCCGCCCUAGGAAGAAUUGCACAUGGAACAAAGGUUCUAGCUGAAGGUGGUUAUGAGAAAAUAUUCCGGCAAACAUUCGAGACAAUUUCAGACGAGCAGCUGAAAGAUUCAUAUGCAUGUUACUUAUCCACUUCAGCCGGGCCCGUCAUGGGUGUUCUGUAUGUGUCCACUGCGAAGCUGGCAUUUUGUAGUGAUAAUCCGCUACCGUAUCAAAGUGGUAACAAGACUGAGUGGAGCUAUUAUAAGAUUGUCAUCCCAUUACAUCUACUGAAAGCUGUGAACACUUCAGCAAGCAGAACAAAUCCAGCUGAGAAAUACAUCCAGGUUAUAUCCAUUGAUAACCAUGAAUUUUGGUAUAUGGGCUUUAUGAGUUAUGCCGGAGCAGUCACUUGCUUACAGGGGACACUACAACCUCAUCAAAUCCAGUCCGUGUAAAUUAUCAUCCACAUUCUCAUAUGUGUACAUUCUACGUUCCAAAUCUUACGCAUAUCAUUAAGACAGGCUACCUCGUUGGAGAACAAAUUCGACGAAGAUCUAUUGCCCUCAGAAUUUCAAUGGAAUGUUUUGGGGAAAAAUAUAUUAAGUUGCUGCAGAAACCGGAUUGAUUGCAUGUCGGUGCUCUUAUUUAAAUCUUUACAAUUUAAUUAUUAUUGAUCGAUUGUAUAGAUUCAGAUCAUUCAAUUAUUUGGUGUGUAUAUAUAUAUGUAAUAUAAUGGUCAUUAUAAAUAUAAAAUAUUUUAUUUGU